UUUUCCUCUCCCAAUGUCUCUCACUCAUCCUUGUAUCUGGUAGAGCAUAGAGGACUUCAUCAGACUGUAGAUCUUGCUUUGUGUGUAUGUGUGUAAGUGUGAUAAGAAGGGACCCGUGUGCCACUGCUGAGAACACACACACACACACACACACACACACACACACACACACACACACACAUUCAUUCUCUCUCUCUCUCUGUUGGCCACUAGAGCUCAGGAGUAUGCAGAUGGUGUGAGCUGUCAGGCAAAAACUUUAUGACAGCUCACACACACACACACACACUCUCCCUCACUCUCUCCCUCUUUCUCUCAGUGUGUGAGAGUGUGUGUGCGAGGCAACAGACUCAACUCUCGCACUGGAACAUCUCUCUCUCUCUCUCUCUCUCUCUCUCUCUCUCUCUCUCUCUCUCUGGACUGUUUGUGUCUGAGAUUUUGGAUUGCGAUCGUUUUCAGAGUGUGAGUGUGUGAGAUGGAGGAGCAGGCGGGCACCGUGGGUGUCACCCGCCAGCAGAAGGUGCUGCGCUGUGGUUGGCUCAGGAAGCAGGGAGGAUUCGUCAAAACCUGGCACUCGCGCUGGUUUGUGCUGCGUGGAGAACAACUCUACUAUUAUAAAGACGAGGAUGAGAGCAAGGCACUGGGUGCCAUCUUCCUGCCAGGGAAUCGUGUGACCGAACAUCCCUGCAGUGGAGAUGAAGCCGGCAAGUUUCUGUUCGAGGUCGUUCCAGGGGGCGAUAGGGAGCGGAUGACGUCCAAUCAUGAGACUUACCUGCUCAUGGCCAGCACGCAGAACGACAUGGAGGACUGGGUUAAGACCAUCCGCAGGGUCAUAUGGGCCCCGUUCGGAGGCGGUAUUUUUGGUCAAAAGCUGGAGGAGACUGUGCGGUACGAGCGCCGAUACGGGAAUAAGCUAGCCCCGAUGCUGGUGGAGCAGUGUGUGGAUUUUAUCCGACGCUGGGGGCUACAAGAAGAAGGUCUGUUCCGUCUCCCUGGGCAGGCCAACCUCGUCAAAGAGCUGCAGGAAGCCUUUGACUGCGGAGAGAAACCAGCCUUCGACGGUAACACCGAUGUGCACACGGUGGCGUCUCUGCUCAAGCUCUAUCUGAGGGAGCUUCCUGAACCCGUGAUCCCUUUCUGCAAGUAUGACGAGCUCCUGGCCUGCACCAAACUCUACAGCAAAGACCAGGAAGCGGGAAUAAAGGAAUUAAGGAGACAAGUGGAAGGUCUACCUCUAGUCAACUAUAAUCUCCUAAAAUACAUAUGCAGGUUCUUAGAUGAAGUGCAGUCCUACUCCGGAGUGAAUAAGAUGAGCGUGCAGAACCUGGCUACGGUCUUCGGUCCGAAUAUUCUGAGGCCCAAAGUUGAGGAUCCAGUGGCCAUAAUGGAAGGUGCAGUUCUGGUGCAGCAGCUCAUGGCGGCUCUCAUCGGGCAGCACGCUACUCUUUUUCCCCUGGACGAGGACAGUUCUGGUGCUCUUGAGUCGUGCAAUAACAAUAACGAUCCCUUGAAGCGCUCCACUACCGGACAACUGCAAAAUAAAGAGAAUAACAACACGGCCGGUGCUCGUCAGUGCACCUGGGAGGCGCCGGAUUCUCCGGGACGCGUCUCUCUGGAUAACGGGUCACCUCGUUCUGGAAGCCCAAGAAACGUUCCUACUGGUCCACGAUUCGAAGUGACCCGGAGUCCUCCUCUGACCGUAAAGAAGAACCCGGCGUUUGUUAAAGGCAGCGGCAUCGUCACCAACGGCUCCUUCAGCUCCUCGUCGUCAUCCUCGGCAGAAGAAAAGAGUCCGACCCUGGUGGGAACCGGUACGCUCCCGAUGCGUCGCACUGGGGCGCUCAAAUCCCCAGGUACCAAAAUGGGUGUGCAGAACGGCGGGAUGAGGAUGGGCGUGUGCAGCAUGGACAUUGUUAACGGGACUCUCAAUAGCCGAAACGGACUUUGGUCUCCUCCUGGAGGGGUGACGCUGAGGGAGUUCAAAGGCCGUGACACGGAACAGCAACAGAACCGACUCUCGACGUACGACAACGUUCACGUACAGCAGACGCCAUGCGCACCGGGACAGCUGUGCACGAGCACCAGCUGCGAGGACAAGCAAAGCGUGGACAGCGCCACCUGGUCUACAUCAUCCUGCGAGAUCUCGCUCCCGGACGUCUCCGCGUCGUGUCGCUCGUCCACAACGACGUGCCCCGAGCAGGAAUUUACCUUCGAGGACCCUUUGCUGGAGGAGGGAGAGAGGAGGAACGCUAAUGCUAAUGCUAACGCCAAUGGCGGAGGUCGAGGCAGCAGGGGGACGAGCAGCAGUGAGAACAGUGAGGCGGCAUUUCCUGUGAGUGGUCACCACAGUGCUCUCCACAGUCUGGUGGCCAGUCUGAAGCAAGAGAUGCUCAAACAGAAGAGUGAAUACGAAGCCAGGGUAAAGAGCCUGGAGCUUCGUAACGUGGAGUUAGAAGCUGAGUUGGUGAACCUGCACGAGGAACUGGAGCAGGAACGCAAGAAGUACACCAUGGUCGAGAUCAAACUGCGCAACGCCGAGCGAGCCAAAGAUGACGCAGAGAAGCGCAACGAGAUGCUGCAGAAGGAGAUGGAGCAGUUCUUCUCCACCUUCGGAGAUCUGACCGCCGAUCCUCGCAGGCCGGAAAGAGCCAACACCAUCUGGAUUCAGUGAGCAGGACCUGGAUUCCUGGAUGCGACCAAACUGUCCAAAAGGAUUCUCACUGAGCUGAAAUGUGGAAACUGGACCAGCCAAUAACGGCAUAAUCAGACUGUAACAGUGAGAGAACAUGUGGGGAGCUGGAACGUACCAUUUGGACCUAAGAAGGACGCUGGAGGUUCUUUGGAGGUGAUGUUUGGUUCCUGUAAUAAACACAGGGACAUUUCAAGAAUGUUUCUUUACAUUAAGAAGGAAGGAACUGUUAAGGAAACUGUUGCAUUAUGGGUUAUGAAGCUUUUUAAUAGACAUGAGCUUUACGUGAAGAUGAACCAAGAAUGUCACAUUUUCAUUUGUGAUCAAACCAAACAUGUCCUCGUUCCCUCGUUUUCGUGUCCUCAUGUACUUUGUGUAUAUAAAGCAAAGCAAUGUGGAAGAAUUCUGUUUGAAGCGUAACAGAUGUAUGUAUAAAAAGCAAAGUGAAAUAUUUUAAUGUAUGUCUGAUAUUUAAACUUAAGGUUUAUUGAUGUGUCACAUUUUUUUAUAGCAAGUUUUUGCCCUGCACUUCACUUUUCUCUGGUCAAUACGGUACUGAAAAUGGAGCUAAUGCUGUUUUAGUUUUUCAGGGUGCAUUUCGGAUUCUUACAUAUUGCAUUUGGGCCAUUAACAAAACCAUGGGAAAAUAUCUGUCCAUACAUUAGAAACUUUUGAACAUCUGGUCAAAAUUGUGGAGGUAACAGUCACCUCUCAUGACCUUCAAAAGUUACAAAAUAUCAAUUUCACUUAGCUGUAAUUCAGUGUAUUGAGUCAGAAAUGGAUGUUCAAUGUAAAUGAUCAAUUCUAAUUCAUUUUCCAAUUCAACAAAAUUGAAUUUUUGAUGUCCUGAAUGUGAAAGGAGAGAAAUUUGCUCAAGAAUAAGAGUGGAACCAGUGUCUCUCAAUAUGAAAAUUACACUACUUAGCACAAUUGCUCAGACAAAUAAAAGUAAAAAGAGUGAAUCUCAUUCGUUAACAGAAACUUCCACUGCUUCAGACACUGGCCAGCUGAACGCGAAUCUCAGUCACGACUUGAAUUUGCGGACUCAAGAGGAUACUUACUGACUCGGAUACAGAGAUACAGAUACAAUAUAAACUUACAUGUGCGGUGGAAUCAAAAAGUUUCGAGACUGAUGGUGUAACUGCUGCAUCACCACGUCUGCGAUUUCAUCACGGGCAGCAAGUUAGAACAAAUAGCAAACAUGAAAUUCUGCAUGAAACUGAGCAAAUCUGCCACACAGACGUUUGACAUACUGCGACGAAGCGUUUUGAGCGCCACCUGUGCUUCAAGAGCAGAAGACCUUCUACAAGCUCGACCCCAAAAGUGUUUAAAUGACCAUUCAGCAACUCGUGCAUGAUGAUCGUCGGGUACGAUCCACACGAUCUCGCCAGAUUUGGCUCCUGCAGACUUCGCCCUCUUCCCGAAGAUGAAAAUGAAGCUCAUCGUUUUGACGCCGUUAACACGCUUAGAAAAUAGACUUCCAGGACACGUUGCAGAACAAUGCUGCAGUGCAAGGGGACUAUUUUGAAGGUGAUAGUGUGGAAACGUAGAUAAACAAAGUACUUUCUCGUAAACAGAGGGAGUCUCGAAACCUUUUGUUGCACCUCAUGUAAUAUAUUUUAGAAUCAUAUUUUAGGGUGGUUUAGUGAUGCCGGAGUCAGUUGGGAAAAACAGAACUGCGAUUGAUUCUGAUUUGUUGACCUUAGUGGCACGCUCACAAAAUGAAAUUGGAUCAUUAUUUUGAUUGUGAGCUUUCAUCAGUCUCUACAGUAUUGUUAUAAUAUCGAAUCCUACAUUCCGAUGAAAUUAGAACAGUAUGCAAUGUUUUUUUAAACUGUAUGAACCUGGAUACGAUUCAAAGCUUCUCCAAGGGAGUCCAACAAAAUGAGUCAAAAUGUGGAAUGUUCCAAACAGCUGCCUUAAUGCCAGACUAUAUAGACAAACGUUUGUGGACACCUGACCAUAAAAUUGCUAUGAGCUUCUUUUUGAACAUCCCAUUCCACAUUUAGUCCUCAUUUGCUGUUAGAAAGUCAGACUUUCCUGAGAUGUUCCACUAAA